AUGACACACGUUAUUAUAUCGCAUGGCUUAGUGUCUGUGGACAUUCCAAUUUCCCCAGAUAGUCAGGAUAUUGGCAAAGCAUUGGUCGACAGCUUUGCCAAAAGCCUGUGUGCCACUAGCGAGCCGCCUCUCAGUGCCAUUGAGCUGCUCGCAAGAUUUAUCGAAUUUGUCAGCCGUGAUCACUCGGGCACAGUGUUUCUGCCUCGGCUCACAUUGAGUUUGAGCGACGUUUUUGCAAUGCCGGGAAAACAAACCACACGGCACCCCGACGGCAUCACUUUGUUCUCCGAACCAACCAGCGAAUCAUUAACGGCAACAAUUAUGAUGGUGUUUGAAGGAUCUAUCGGGUUUGAUAAUGCCGGCUCUGUGUGCCUGGCCGAACUGCAGCGCCUUGUCGAUGUGUACGAGCCUUUGGUGUUGGAUUUUAUUUGCCAGAUGUCUGCGUUUCUUUAUGACGAGUCGUGCGAUCUGCAGAUUGCUCAUUGCUACCCGCACGGCUUGGCAGUGGCCCAGUGGGUCAGCCUCUCAAGGGCGCAGAGCGCCGAUGUAUCUGGUCGCAAGGACGUGGUGCCUGCAGCCGUGUAUAUCAACUCAGCCCCAGUGGCUGCACCGCUGGUGGGCCUGGUACAGCUUGUGCGGCUUGUUGUUCUUUACAAAACGCUCAAUAUACCAGUUGAACAAGUUGUCAAAAGCCUGAGUGCGGUUGCUGGCCACAGCCACGGCAUAGUUGUUGCGGUUGCAGUGUCCAUGGCUACCAACGAGGCACAGCUGCUUGCGGCUAGCCAGAAGGCAUUGGGCACUUUGAUGCUUGCUGGAUGCCUGCCGCAGAUGGUGUGCCCGCAGCCCUAUAACGAGCCACUGGCAGCCACUGGCACAAUAGCAUUGGAAUACAAGAACAAUCAUCUGCUAUUCUUUCAGUCGAGGGCGCGACCAGAUACAUUGCCGAAGCUGUAA